GCAGUCGAAAAAGCUUAGAAACAGCUGAGUCGAAUAAGAUAAUCCAGUGAAUGAACCUAGCUGCGAUAUUACUGCGAAAAUUUUCUUCAAAAUAGCAUUUCAAAAUGAUAGGUAAAGGCAGAAUUUCUUCCCUGAUGAGAGUGAUCUCCGGUGGAUCAUGUAGCUGUCCAGCCCACUCUCGACCAUCAUCAGCGACCCAAAAUGUAUCCUCGGGAAAUGAAUACGCAUUUGAAAUGUCAUCUUCGACUAUUCGCUACGGACCGGGAGUUAGCAAGGAAUUGGGACAUGAUUUGCAAAAUUUCAAUGCGAGGAAUGUUUGCGUUGUUACGGAUCGAAAUGUGGCCAAUCUUGGCUCGGUCAAGGUAGCUUUCGAUUCAUUGGCACGUUGUGGAAUCCAGUACCAGGUUUACGAUGAAACGCGCGUUGAGCCCACUAACGAAAGCUUAAUUCAUGUUGCAGAAUACGCUCGUCGAAAUAAUUUCGAUGCAUUUGUUGCCAUUGGAGGAGGAUCGGUGAUCGAUACCUGUAAGGUGGCCAACCUAUUCAGUGCCGAUCGUGAAGCAGAAUUUCUAGAUUAUGUCAACGCUCCGAUAGGCAAAGCGAAGGAGGUUAACGUAAAGCUCAAGCCACUAAUUGCAGUUCCAACCACGGCGGGAACUGGUUCGGAAACGACUGGGGUGGCUAUUUUCGAUUACAAACCAUUACACGCGAAAACAGGUAUUUCCAGCAAAUAUUUAAGGCCACAGUUGGGACUGAUUGAUCCACUACACACCCUCAGCCAACCGGAGAAGGUGGCUGCCUAUUGUGGUUUCGAUGUGUUUUGUCAUGCUUUGGAGAGUUUCACCGCAAUUCCGUACACGGAACGAGGACUGGCUCCGAAAAAUCCAAAUCUUCGUCCACCGUAUCAGGGAAGUAACCCAAUUUCCGAUGUUUGGGCUCGAUUUGCUCUGAAAGUAAUCAGAGAAAAUUUUACAUCGGCUGUGUUCAACCAGGAUGACCUUAAGGCUCGAUCUAACAUGCAUCUGGCUUCGACUAUGGCAGGAGUAGGGUUUGGCAAUGCCGGGGUUCACCUUUGCCACGGUUUGUCGUAUCCCAUUUCAGGACACGUGAAAAAGUUCGUACCCGAUGGAUACAGUGACGAUCAUCCAAUCAUACCACAUGGACUGUCGGUGGUGAUGACGGCUCCGGCUGUUUUUAAAUUUACUGCUGCCACCUGCCCUGAGCGUCAUUUAGAGGCCGCUGAGCUACUGGGUGCAGAUGUAUCGAAGGCAAACCGCGAAGACGCAGGUGCAAUACUUUCGGACGUGGUUCGUCAAUACAUGUAUGAUCUGAAGAUUGAAAACGGACUCAACGGUCUAGGUUUCACCCGAGACGACAUUCCAAGUCUAGUGAAGGGAACCCUGCCGCAAGAACGCAUCACUAAACUAGCACCACGUGCUCAGACGGAAGAGGAUUUAGCGAAUCUGUUCGAAAACUCGAUGGCUGUCUACUAGGUAAUAUCACAUGGCGAUUAACCUUUGGAUCGUAAAUAAACUACCAUGCGUCUCCUUCGUUUAAAUGGGCGUUGGGCAAAACAAGAAUCAAAUUAC